CCAAGCAGUCCCACAACAAAGGCAGACACAAACCUAAAAACCAUUUCCCUCACAAGAUCGAAGUCCCGAAAAUGGAACCCAACCCCCCACCACCCACGGCGGCGCCACCCCCGUACCCACCUCAACCGCCCUACCCCCACCAACUCCUCCAGCAACAACAUCACCAACACCAACAAAACCAACUCAACACUUUCUGGACCCACCAACGCCAAGAGAUCGAAUCUGCCACCGACUUCAAGAACCACCAGCUCCCCCUAGCCCGGAUCAAGAAAAUCAUGAAAGCCGACGAGGACGUCCGCAUGAUCUCCGCCGAGGCCCCCGUCCUCUUCGCCAAGGCCUGCGAGCUCUUCAUCUUAGAGCUCACGAUCCGUUCCUGGCUCCACGCCGAGGAGAACAAGCGCCGGACCCUCCAGAAGAACGACAUCGCGGCCGCCAUCACCCGGACUGAUAUCUUCGAUUUCUUGGUGGAUAUUGUGCCUAGGGAGGAGAUUAUAGAGGAGGAGGGAGGCGGGUUUGGAUUGGUGGGGGAUAGUACAGUUGGUGGGGUGCCUUAUUAUUACCCGCCAAUUGGGCAGCCGGCGGUGGGGCCGGGUAUGUAUAUGCAGCCUCCGCCAUCGCAGGCGUGGCAGUCGGUUUGGCAGACGGGGGCGGGGGAUGAUGGGGCGUACGGUGGUGGAGGGAGUGGUGGGCAGGGGAAUCUUGAUGGGCAAGGGUAACUUCACUCAGUUGCAGGUAGUAGGAUGCUAAGUGGCCACAAUGGAAGACUGAAGACUCUACUUGAUGAUUUCUUGAAUUUUCUUAUUUUCCAAUCAUAAAUUACUUGGAUGCUAUUUAUGUUGCUGGCACAAGUAAUGACCCAAGUACAUGUUAGAAAACCUUUUUAACACUUCGAUCAUGUGCAGUUGGAGAAAUGCUUCUGUGAAGCUUUCUAGUUA